AACAGCUUCGAGUAUUCGAAUCACAUAGCCGCACUUGAUCUUCUUUGUAUCCUGCUUUACUUGCGCCUUUCUCUUCUUGUACAUGUCUCUCUCUUUCGCUCUUCACGACUAAUACGCCCGUUUCGCACCCCGGCAUGCGCUCCCACCUCAAUCGCGUCGUCUUUCGCAAAUUGCUAGCUAGCGAACCCAUAGCACACCGCGGUUGUCUUCGUCCACGCCAAUACCUCCCAUCAUGUCUGCCGGAUAUCCAAGCCCUCCCGAGGGCUCAGCGACGCUCCUUUUUCAAUAUCUUCAAGAAACCUCAACGUGUUACCUCGGAACCUAGGAUGGCUCCAGGUCUGGAAAAGAUGAUGGAAUAUUCAAAGAUGGAGAGACUCAGUGCCAGGCUGCCACCUCCAGAUGAUGUCCUGAAGGCUGUCACGGUCUUUUUCAGUCACAAGAGAGACCGGAAAACCUCGACUCGCUACAUACCCGAUAUUCAAGCACGCCAUCUUCUUCGCAGUCUGAACUAUCUGGCUGAAGCCGAAUCCUUCUCACACCUGGGUCCUUCUGUUUUCUACGAAUGGCUCCAAGUCUUCGAUCAUGACGCCCAUGCCGAUUCUUCCCUUCACCGUGAGAUCAUCGACAUCUUAUAUCGUGCGCUCUGUCAGAGCAAAGUCCUAGACGGUCGUCUCCCAAAAACCAAAUUCUUUGUGGCUUAUGUCAAUGCUCUAUGCGCUACUGGAGGCACUUUGACUGCCAGAGACGAACUCAUUCAAUUCACAAAGCAAACGCACUCUCCACUCCAAUCCACGGAAAUUAAGAGUCUAUGGGGGUCAAUCUUCAAAGGCUUUUCGGCCGAGAAAAACGAGGUCGAGCUUCUUCGCACUCUCGCGAUCAUGAAUGAAACUUCUGCUGAAGGUCCUCAAGUAUUCGCUCAUGAAGUGAUUACAAGAUUCUACAUCUCCCAGCAAAAUGUUGACAAGGCCUCCGAAUGGUACAACAAAUGUAAGGAGCAGGACUUUGAUUCGAGGCUUGAGCUCCUACAAAGGGCAUUAAUUGACCUGGGCAUGCGAACAUCAAACACGAAUUUGGGAAAACUCAUCGUAAAGGACAUAACUGCAGGGACGCCAACAAAGUAUCAAUGGGAUCUGAUCUUCCAAUGGGCUGCUGGAACAGGUAAAGGUGCUGAUGAGAUUGAUCGCAUGAUAAGUGUCAUGGAACGUGCGAAUCAAUCUCUCCCUGAAGCAGAAUGGCGAGUUCCCGACACUUCUACCUUGAAUAAAUUAGUCAAGGUGGCGGUUGACCGAAAAGAUCCUUAUCUUGCUGAGCGAUUCAUCGCCCUAGGCAAGUCAAGAAAUAUUCAGCCAAAUGCACUGACACUCAUCUACCAAAUGCGAUACCGUCUCGUUGUCAAAGAUGUAGACGGUGCUCUGACUGUGUACAAGCAUCUGCAAGCUCAGGAUCUCUCGAAAAAUCAAGACGUUAUCGUCGUCAACGAGCUCAUCCGUGCCAUGUGCACUUCUGGUCGUCAAGACUUUGAAAGCAUCAUGAACGUCGCAGCAGAUUUGUCAGACCGGCAAGCUUAUUUCGAACCCGAAACAGUAUCCGCACUAUCGGUGUUGCAUCUUUCACGCGAUGAGGUACACGAUGUCAUUGAUCUCCUUAACACUCACGUCUAUGGCUUCGACAUGGCUGGGCGCGCAUCUGUACAGAGCACCCUCAUCGACUACUGCCUCAAGCCUUCGACGACAACAGCCCAAGCAUGGGACACCUACAUCAUCCUCAAACAAGUCUUCGAUGACACAACCAGGGAGCAGCGUGAGAGCAUCAUGAAUGAGUUCUUCAGGCGCCAGCGUCCGGACAUGGCAGUGCAUGUCUUCAACCAUAUGCGAUCGCACACCCGUCAAGACAUCAUUCCCACUAUCGAUACUUACGUCGCAUGUUUAUCUGGAAUCGGAAAGUUGAAAGAUGAGGAGAGUCUGGAAGUUGUGCACAAUCAACUCAAACUGGACUUCAACAUCGAGCCGAAUACAAAUCUUCACAACGCACUCAUGCAGGCCUAUACUCUUUGCGAAUCACCUAGGACAGCGCUAGGUUUCUGGGACGAGAUUGCUUCGAGUCGUGAAGGACCGAACAUCAACAGUAUCCACCUUGCGAUGCGAGCAUGCGAAGAUGCUCCAUGGGGCGACGAGAAGGCACGACUGAUAUGGACAAAGUUGAGUCGCACUGGGAUUGAACUCGACCAACCUCUUUGGGCUAGCUAUGCAGGAGCGCUUGUAGGCAAUGGAGACGUGAAAGGCGCCAUCGAUUUGCUAGAGGAGGCACAUGCUCAGCAGGGACUCGACAUGGACACUCUCAUAAUUGGAUCUUUGUACAACGCCGCUCCAGGUCAUAUCAAAAAGGGAAUCGUCGAGGCUUGGGCUAAGGAGAGAUAUCCGGAGAUCUGGGCAGCACUAGAGGAGAUAGGCACACGCUCGUCAGAACAGAGCGGGCUUCCUGAGUUCAAGAUCGAUAGAGAAACCGGCCCAUAGACUCAACAGAGAGCGUCGCCUCUGUAUGUAUAUAUCAACAUUUAUGAAGAGUAAUGCCCAUCAAAAUCAGAAGUCUCUCUUGGAG